CAAUCAAGAUGGCGUUAUGCAGGAAGAUGGGACGUUACUGGAAAAUUCACUAUGCGUUUGCCGUAUUUGUUUUUAUACAACUAUUUCCUCUCUUUACUUCGACUCCAAUAACAGCGAAUGGUGCUGGUGGUAAUGAAACGGAGACAAAUCCCAUUAAUGGAAACGAUACCACAGCAGUCUCUGAGCCGAUAACAUCAGUUGCAAAUCAGGAAAAGAACAAUUCCGUACCUGUCAAAACUGAUACUUCCCCGAUCGCACCAACCAGCAAAGAUUCUCCUGCCCCAUCCCAUGUCCUUCAUCUUCCCCCUUCAAACAAAACGGGCGAACCUUUAACCAAUUCUAAUUCAAGUUCUGCCUCCAGUGGUUCCUCAGUCGACAUAACUACUCAACCCACCACCUCCAGUGCUAACCCAACGGUCAAAGCAACAGAAAUGGUCAUGCCUGCGGAGAAGCCACCUCCCACCACCACCUCCAAGCCUUUGGAUAUACAUACAGAGGAGCCGAAGGUUAAACCAGGGCCUGCCAGUAACUUCAAUGACUCCCCGGAGACCCAUGCAAACAUCUAUGAAGGUGACAACGGGUUGGAUGAUGAUGGUGAUGAUGACGACUUGUAUGGCAUAGAUUCUGACAAGAUCCCUGAGGGGGAUGGCGAUGCCAUUUUAGAUGCCGACAGUAGGAUGCUAAGCAACACUAGGAAAACUGAUGUUCGUUUGGACACCAACAUCUAUGCCACCCAGGACGAGGACUCCCACUUCUUCUUCCAUCUGAUUAUCCUGGCAUUCCUGGUGGCUAUUGUAUACAUCACCUACCACAACAAGAGGAAGAUAUUCCUCCUGGCCCAGAGUCGGCGCUGGAGGGACGGCCUGUGCUCUCGCAACAAUGUGGAAUACCACCGGCUUGACCAGAAUGUCAACGAAGCCAUGCCUUCCCUCAAGAUGACCCAAGAUUACAUCUUCUGAUCUGAGGAGACUGAAACGACUGAAUUGAACAAUCUUGCUCUUUGUUGAUGAUAUUUUUUAAAUGCUUAAUUGUCCACAAGCUUGCCCCACUUCCUGUUGCUUAAAGACAAAUAUGGACAGGUGUCAGUUUGAUGAUACUACAACUGUUAUUGAUACUGUUUGUCCACAUGUAAUGAAAAUUAUUUUCUUUAUUCUGUUAACUGUAGUCUGGCUUUGAGAUUAUAUAUUAUAUUUUAGUAUUAGGUUUCUUUGGGUGAGAAUACACUGGUCUUUUUUGAAAAACGUUCCUUAAAUUUCUCUCAAUCACAUUGUUCUGCACACACUUCUAUUUGUUGUGCUGUUUGAUGAUUACACAAUCUGAAAAUAGAAAUGUGCAUAUUGUCUGUCAAUAUCAGGAUAAAUAUGUCCUGUGGUACUGUUUUUAACUUCUGAGUCACUAAUCUGCCCUGCAAGGAAUGGAGACUUCAGGCUUGCAAUGGAUACAAACUCCCACGACCAGCCACGUUGCAUAUGCAAGUGUGGCAAUGUAAAUGAACAUGUUAUUUGAUAUUUUACAUUUAAAAAAACUUUAUCCACC